UUCAGGCGCCUCUCGGGGUGUUUAGAGGAAACGUGCAGGGCUGUGCUGGACGGGAACUGGACAGCCCCCAUGGGGGACACAACUAGUCAGAGCUUUUGGAGCCGCACCGUGGGUCAGGCCGUGGAGCCGGGCCCCUGCCCUGUGCCUCCGAGCGCCGUCAGCGCGGGCUUGGGGCCGGGCCCCUAGGGCAGAGGCAGCUGCGGCAGGCCCGGGGCCGGUGCGGGGACCGGGCAGCCUACGCCCCGCAGCGUGUCCGCGGAGCCGUCCAGUCCCAUCCCCCCCGCCCCCGGGCCCCUGCGGCAGAGCCACCCCCUGGCCCCGCGCAGGUGACACUGGCGCUGCUCCGGCCACCGCCGAGCUUCCUGCUUCCCAGAAGGUGCCGGCGCCGCGGCAACAGGAACUGAGGCUGGGAGGAGGCGGUGCCGCCGCUCCCCGCCGCGCUCACGGCCCGAGCCGGGGGAGCGGAGCAGCCAUGGGCCACCGCCAGCAGCCGCUGUAACCUCCCCCGGGGCCGGCGCGUCCCUCCUUUCCCUGCCGGCCGGGCGAGGUGUUUCCCCGCGGGGGCGCGGAGCGGCCGCCCGGGGCCCGAGAUGUGACCAUGGACAGCAGGAUCAAGGAAAAUCCAGAAAGUACAUUUGAUUUGGUACUCAAGGUAAAAUGCCAGGCUUCUGAAAAUGAAGAGCCGGUGGUACUGUGGAAGUUCCCGGAGGACUUCGGAGACCAGGAGGUGCUGCAGAGUGUGCCGAAGUUCUGCUUUCCCUUUGACGUUGAAAGGGUGUCCCAAAAUCAAGUAGGACAGCACUUUACCUUUGUGCUUACAGACAUUGAAAGUAAACAAAAGUUUGGAUUUUGCCGGUUAACAUCAGGAGGCAAAGUCUGCCUCUGUAUUGUAAGUUACCUGCCAUGGUUUGAGGUAUACUACAAGUUGUUAAAUACUCUGGCAGAUUAUUUGGCUAAAGAACAGGAAAAUGACUUGAAUGAUAUGUUAAAAUCACUGUAUAGCCACCCUGUGCCAAAGGCAAACACUCCUGUCAGUUUAAACGUGCAUUCGUACUUCAUUACUCCUGAUGUAACUGGAUUGCCAACAAUCCCAGAAAGUAGAAAUCUUACUGAAUAUUUUGUUGCUGUGGAUGUGAACAACAUGAUGCAACUUUAUGCCAGUAUGUUGCAUGAGAGACGAAUCAUUAUUACCUCUAGCAAACUAAGCACUUUAACUGCUUGUGUUCAUGGGUCAGCGGCAUUGUUAUAUCCAAUGUAUUGGCAACACAUAUACAUCCCAGUGCUUCCUCCACACCUUUUGGAUUACUGCUGUGCACCAAUGCCGUAUCUAAUUGGAGUCCACUUAAGCUUAAUAGAAAGAGUAAAAAAUAGAUCACUGGAGGAUGUGGUUAUGCUAAAUGUUGACACAAACACUCUAGAAAACCCAUUUAAUGACCUGAACAACCUACCUAGUGAAGUGGUCUCAGCCUUGAAAAAUAAACUGAAGAAGCAGUCUACAGCUACAGGUGAUGGAGUAGCUAGGGCCUUCCUUAGGACACAGGCAGCAUUGUUUGGAUCCUACAGAGAUGCACUAAGAUACAAACCUGGAGAGCCUAUCACUUUCUGUGAGGACAGUUUUGUGAAGCAUCGUUCAAGUACUACCAAACAGUUCCUGGAAACUGCAGUGAAUCUUCAACUUUUUAAACAGUUUAUUGAUGGUCGACUAUCAAAGCUAAAUGCAGGAAGAGGGUUCUCGGAUGUUUUUGAAGAAGAGAUCACUUCUGGAGGCUUCUGUGGAGGAAAUUCAAGAUCUUAUCAGCAGUGGGUGCAUACAGUAAAGAAAGGAGGUGCACUAAUCAACACAGCGAUGACCAAAGCCAGCCCUGCUGUGAAGACAGCAUACAAAUUUGCAAAAAGUCAUGCAAAGCAGGGAAUAAAAGAAGUGAGGAGUAAGUUAAAACACAAGGAGAGUGAUGAAGAAUAUGGAACUUGUAGCUCUGGUGUACUACAGUGUGCGCCAGUGUACACAUUACACAAUCAGAAAAGAGGAAACUCAGAAAAACGAAGACUUGCUCAGACGCGUUUCAACCAACACCUCGCCAAUGUCAGCAAUCAUGAUUCUGCCCUGGAUGAUGACGACGAUGAUGAAAUGGACAGAACAAGCAAGUUAUCGUCUGAAGACAGCGAGGAAGCUUCCGCUUAUUUUUAUGAUAGCGACGAUUCUGGUGAAACAGGAGUAAUGUCGUAUCACACAGGAGAAAUGGACUUGCUGGGAGAGAUUUUGGACACGCUGAGCACACACAGUUCAGAUCAAGGAAAGCUCUCAGGAGCAAAGAGCCUGGAUUUCUUUAGAUCAACGGAUGAUAUUGAUUAUAAGGCUAUGGAAUUGGUCUCAGUUAUCAUUGUAGAGGCUGUUGAUAUUAAUUUGGACUCCCCCAUUGAAAGUAGGGAACAAGUCUAGUGCACCUAGUGAGAGCAACCUCGCUCUGCUCUGUAGUGGUACUAAUGACCCAGUGGAGUGGAAUCUUGGUCAGGAUGAUAGUGUUCUCCAUGGGAAACAGCUCCCUCCAUCGCCAAGGAAGCAAGUUGAUUUUAGUGACCAUAUGGAAUCUGUCUCUGUGCUGCAGGAAGAAAACAGUGACAAAACCCUUAGUGCUGACCACGUGGAUUUCCCUAAAGAUUUUGUAAAGUCAGCUUCUCCAACACGAUCAGUUGCACAACUUGCUUCUCUGGAAUUUUCCCAAGUAGAAGACUCCUUCCAUAGGAAGAUAAAACCGAAUGAAACACUAAGCAAUACCUCAGAGGAUCAGCUCCCUGUGAACCUUUGUCAACAUCCAUCCAUUCUAAUUCCUUGGCAAAAAGACGGGGAUGAAGGAAAGGAAACCCCAGAAGAAAGUGGGCUUCUUCAUGAAGUUGUAUCAUUAUGUAAAGUGACCUCUGCUUUUCACCACAGUUUAAACAUUUCAGAGGAUAAUUACUCCAGUAAUAGCAGUGGAAAUAAAGCAUAAAGGAACUUUGAAACUACUUCCAUGGGAGGUUAAAGAGAGACUACUCAGGAGUCCACAUAAUACAUGAUAACCAAAAGAUCCCAAAGGAAUAAUUACUUUUACAUUUUAAAAUCCUUGUGUUUUGAUUAGUACAUGGAUUUAGACAUCUGCUUAUAUGUUUCUCAGUUAAUUUGUUGGCUGUGUUUAAGUCUACAAGAUGGAACUAAAUAUACUAAUGCACUCUUAAAUCAGGUACUAGUUUGUAUGUAUGUGGAAUAUACAACUGGUGCAUGGUGCUUACUAAUGUUCCUUUGUGCAGCAGGAAGUGUAUCACCUUUGCAUAUAUCCAGAUACUGAAGGUACCGUAUUAAUCCUGUUGGGCAUGAAAUGAACAAAACAGUUUAGAUUUGUCUGAAACUUACAAAUAUCGAUGUUUGUAAUGAGUUAAUUGCCUUAAUCAUUUGGGGGAAAGGUUUAAAUAUCUUAGAAGGUGACUUGCAAAUGUUCAGAAGAGUAAUAAUGAUUUUCCAUGGCAGGUAUCUGCUUGAGCAAAGGGGAAAAAGACCUUUUCUAAACUAAAGGAUCUCUUGUGAAUAAUAGGGAGCUUGUUAUAAACAGAAACUGUGGCCAUGUCUUCUAGACCUUGAAAAGGUGGUGCAUACUUUUCUCUUAUGAAGUGCUGAAUGAUAAUGUGAAGUUACUUAACUUCUGUUUACAACUAAGGCACUUUAAAGACAUAUUAUCCAGUGUCCCAAUGUAGAUGUUUUCAUCUAGGAAUUUUCAGAAAGGAAAGUGUAAGUGAAAUUGAUAGAUUUUAUUGCUGUUUUUAAAAUUUCUACGAUUUAAUAAUUCUGUACUAACAUUAAUUUGUGCCACUGCUGAACAUGACCAUUCGAUUUUUACAAGCCACCUUUAAAAGAAACAUUAAAUUAUCACUUUGCUUCUUAGGAGUUUUGUUUUGUUGAGCUGUGCAGUAUUUUAAAGAGCAGUGAAUGAAGAUUACUUAUAACACUAGAUAUCUAAAGUAAUUGGUUCAGCAAUUAAGAACGCAAAUACCCCACUCUCAUGUAUACAAGAGAAUCUUUUUGCAAUUACAAGGAAGGGAAUUAAAUGGAUGCUGCAUGUACUAUAUUUAGGCAUAAACAUUUAUCCCCUUUCAAGCACAUAGCAUUCCUAGAGGAUAUUUCUGUAUUUAAAAUUCAAAAAGUAGAUUACUCCCUGAGUAGAGCACAUCUAUUCAUUCUCCUUGUCCACCCCUCUUCGUCCCCUGCCCUCUGUAGAUCAGAAUGAGUACAUUCUGGGGUGAACCACACUAAGCCAAAAAUAGCAACUUUGAAUACUGUGAAUUGGCAUGUGUAACACAAAACAAGGAGUAACAGGAUUUGUCAUUGCGAGGAAUGCUGUCCCACUCUUCCUCACCAACAGCAGGAAUCUUCUUCUGUGGCAAAGACGGCUUAGUGGUAUCCUCAGCACAGACCAGGGAGAGCAAGUUGAAGUCAGGGGUUGGGGCAGGUUGGGCUGCAGUACUUUGGUAGGGGAUCACUGCACAGGUUAACACCAGUUGCCAUGUGUGGGUUUACAAAGGAAGUUUCCUUUUGACUAAAGCGAUUUGGCUUUUCUUUUCCCAUUUUAUCACCACGAGCAUCAGGCAAUUGGUUAUGUCAGGUGGCUCAAGGGAAUUGGUGUGUGAUCCCUUUGAGGAGGUUGUGGAGGGAGGGGUGGCUGUUUGAUGCUCUGCCCAUGAGAUCUAGUGUCUAAUACUAUCUUGUCAUUUCACAUAACUUUGUUGGCAAUAUCCCUGGCAUUGUAAAAGAAGGUCUUGUAUCCCAAACUACAGACUCUGAAUAGGAGAAAAGGAGGGUGGAGGCAGAUUUCAGCCACACCACUGGUGAGGAUGGGCCACAUUACUGGGUAAUGGUAUGAGGCCCCUUCACCAAAGUGCCCCGUUUUACAUGCAAGGGAAAAGGUCAGGUUGUGGACUCACAAUUCAUAAUAUAAUGACUUUGGAAAGUUUUUAUAGGUGUGUUCAGUAUAUAUUUCUGAAGAGGACCUCAGCAGCUUAUUGGUGCUGAGGAUGAUUGUAAGAUUUGCAUCCUGAUCUGCCUUAGGGUUUUCUGUAGUACAUAUCACCAUAGUAUCUGAGAGUCAGGUGGCGUCUUUAUUUGUAUUAUCCCAAAAAGGGGCACUUGGCAAAAUUGUGUUUGAGUUACUGAGGACCAAAAUUAUUAUUAACCCAUAAACUAUUAAACAUUUUAGCUGCGUUAUCAGAUAUCAAGAAAUAGGAAGUGUCAGGUCUGAACAGUGUUUAGAUGGGGGAGCUCCAAGGAAAACACAAGAUGUUGCAGGAGGUGGUUCAGGGAGUCAGGAAGUGGCAUGCUGCUUUGUUGGUCCUGAAUCAGUACCCAACUAGGUUAUGCUGUGCUGUUAGGUGCGUUUAGGAUAAGACAGGAAAAAGAAAAGUCCUACCAAUCUCAUAGCACUUCUUGUUUGAUUGUUACUCUGAUAACACUAGAAACAUGAAAUGCUCAGUUGCAUUCUUAUUUGUGUAACUGCAUUUUGCAAACCUUAAUUCCAUAUACCAGUGGCUGGCAGGGGAACCCGGACCCACCUGUUUUACCAUGUUCCAGCUCAGGGACCUUAUAACCAGCAAUCCAGGUCCUCAUUCCCAUUCCCUGUCACUGUUUCCCCAGUCUCCUUCCUACCAAGCUUCUGUAUCUUCUCUUUCUUGGUUCUCUGUUUACCACUGGAGCCUACUCUACUCCCCGUGGCUACUUCACCCCUCCUAGCCUCGUUCGAGACUCCUUACACUGCCUGCUACUUUCAGCCUCUUGGUUUUUUAGUGCUGACCCAGCCCUCCCCCAAGCGGGGCUUCCCUCUCAGUUAACCCUGGCCCUCCUUUUCUCAGGUGAUGUCAAGUGACCUAAUUAGCUUCUCAGGCCCUCAUUAACCCAAUCAGGGCUGGUGUGGUGUGCACACCCUAUCAUAGUAGGUGAAGUGCAUUCUUGGGUAGAACUGCGAGGAAUCAGAAUGAGAUAAUGUGAAAAGACAUUAGGAAUCUACUAGGAUAAUAAGCGCUAUGCACAUUUGUAAGAUGUUAUAUUAAAUGCUUUUAUAUCUUAUAGACUUAUCAGUUUCUGUCUUGGAGAAAAAAAUAAGCUUAUCAGAAAUUCUAGUGAUGUUUACUUUUAAAUCUAUAAAAGCAUCUUUCAGGAAUGCAGCAUGAGAUUUAAGAAUGGGGUUUUCAAAAACAUCUAAUGGACCAGCUUUCACUGACUUUUGAUACGAGUUGGGCACCUGACUCCCUUAGGCACUUCAGUGGAGGAGAAUUUGGAAGCCAUACCAGGUUGCUAAUGUCCCUUUAAUGAUUAUUAGGAGUAUAGCACUGAAAAAAAUGAUUUGGGAAUUGUACAACAUUGAUGCCUUGAUGGGUUAUUGCUUUAUAAGUAAUAUUCAUGUCUCUGAUAAGUGAAAUUGCUGAAGUAGAAAGUUAAAAGAUGGCUGGUAAAAUUCAACUUUUUGAAUUAUUUUUUAUUGCAAUAGCCAUGAAUGUGUUAGGAUUGCCACACUAAUGUCAAAUCCUUCUCAUAUUGCUGAUGUGAUUCGUAGAAUGUUUACAGUAUUUUGACUAUUGUGUCUUCCUUCUUUUCGAACCCUAAAUACCUUAAAAUAUAGCCUCGUUGUUUAUGUUUGAUUAAUUUAAAUUUAGCCACAUUUUUAGAUUCUUUACCACUUGAUAUCAAAGAUCUUUUUCAAAGGCUAAUAUUGGUGCCUUAUUUAAACAUACAAAAUUACCAAGCAUCUUCCAUAUUAACAACAAAAAACCAGUUAACCAUGCCAAAUUUAUCAAAUAGAGUAGCAACUCUGAUAUCUCCAGCCAACGCAGUUCUACUCUGUUCUUAGUGCAGUAUCAGUCUGUCUGUAGGCCACGUCUACAGUAUUUUGAUUGUCACAGACAGUCCCAUGGUAAGAAAAAGUGUCCAAGUCAAGAAUUUUACAAGUUUUCAACUAUUCUCAUCUGUGUGAAUUCUCCCAAUGCCUUCUAAAGCAUCAGCAUUAAUCUCCAUCUACUGGUGAGAGCUGAACUCAGUUCAGUGAAAAAGCUCCUCAGGACUCCAGUAGAGGCACCUGUUUUGUAGCUGAAUCAGUAUCUUUCUGAGCUUCCUAUUUUUCCCCGGUGAGGGAAAUAUGAGAUUUUUUUAUUUAACUUUGCACUCUCUUAUCCAUACUUAGGGACAAAGUCCUGACCUAGUCAGUUACACUGGGACUUGAAUUUCAGGUCUUCCGGUUCAUCUCUAAUAGAUUAUGCACCGUGCCUCCAUGAUGUGAGUCAUAUCCCCAUUCUGCUUAGAAAAAAACAAAGUGAGAGCAUUCGAAGGGAGAGAUGCUCUCCAGGAUUCCCCUCUCUGACUUUUCCCUGUAUUGUUCCAUUGGGGUGAUACAGCUGGGCCCCUCAACCCAGGAGCAGAGGGUUGAGCCCCCAGAACCUAUGGAUCUCAGUGGGUAUUCUGGAGUCCUGAGCCUUGUCUCAUUCUAGCUGUUUUGCAGCAUGACUCCAAUGAAGCCUUUUCAUCAAAUCCCCCACAGGGGGAAGGAUGAUCUGUGGCCCCCAUUAUCGCCUUCCCAUCUCUCCAUGUGUAAAUCCCCAAUACUGUGAAAAUCCUUUACAGAAGUCCAGGGAUGGACAGAACCAUGGAUGCACAACCAGUCACUGCCCUCCCUGUAUACAUGUGGAGCGAGAUCUGUACAGGAGAUGAUUGAGAACAGUGUGUCAGUCACAGUGCCAUGUUUUGGGGUAGCAUCACUUCCAAAAUAGCCUUGUUUUGAAGGAAGAGUGUAGUUCGAGAAGCUGUGAAAUAACUGUCAUGACUGAAACCUUCAGUCACGUAGCAUUUCUGAGAGUGAUAUUGCUGAUUGGCUAAAGGUGGGAUUUUCACAAAGUCUCAGCAUUAGCUAGACUCUGCUUUCAGGGAAGUCCACGGGCAUUUUAACAUUGACUUCAAUGGGAGCAGACUUAGACCAAUGCUGAGCACUGUUGAAAUCCUACCUAACUGUUAAAUUUUUUAAAGAUUUUAAAAUUUGAGUUUGUGUGUCUUUCAGGCUGUAGAAUGAGUUUUUCCUAACCCCAUGUUAUUAUUAAUUAUAUAUUUCUAGGCAAAGAAAUUUUAAGCCAGUUAAACUGCUGAUCUAUGGAAGCUUUGCCAUCCAUCUUCCCUGUCAAUACUAUUAAAAGGAUAGUGUCUGUUCCAAGGGGUUUACAUGGGGGUUUUUGUCUUAGCAGAUGUUUAUUGUCACAUGGGGCACCAUGGGCUGACUGCCCAAAAGGAGUUAGGUGCCUAAGUCUCCAGUUUUGGGAUCACUGCAAUCCCCAAUAUUCCUACUCAAACCCUGUAGGCACCUAAACUCACUCGGCGACUUAAGUUUUUGUAGUAAAAGUUCCCUAGGAGUCCAUGUUUCUGCCUCUGAGCACACACAGUGCUUCUUCCCUGUGGGCAACCAGACACCUAUUUCCUGCGUAAGCCCCAGAAUGAUGUACAAACCAGGAGAAAACAAGCUUUUGGCGUUGAACUUGCUUGAGGGGCCCAAUCCAGUAGGCGUGCUCAAAGAAUGCCCACUGAAUUAGGCCCCCAUAGAUGAGUUUUUACAGAACAGCCAGAGGAGGCGGAAGAAGACCUCUCUCGUAACUUUUCGCACAGUGGUUAGGGUACGCCCCUGGGAGGUGGGAGAAGGGGUUGGAACAGGGAUCUGCACCUGUCAGGUGAGUGCUCUAAUCGUGGGCCUGUGAGAUUUUAGGGGGUUAGGGGGUUCAACCAAAACAAUUUGGUGAAGUUACGCAAAUUCAUUAAAUGUUUUGAUGUCACUGAAUCUGCAUUUUUCACCAAAACAAGUUUAGGUUGAAAAAUUUUGCCCAGCUGUAGUUGGGAUGAAAAGUUCAAAGUAUGAACUAUAUCCCAGGCUUUACUACAUGGGCUCAACGGAAGCUAGUUUGUACAUUACUUGGGUCAGUUUUAACAGGAUUCAUAUUUAGAGUCCAGUAACAGUAUUAGCCCUGGAACAACAGAAGUGGAAUUCAAGUAAAUUGACAUUUGAUUCUGAUUGUGUAAAAUGCAAUUAUGUUUCUGUUAAAAUAAGGGAGCUACUUGGAUGUGGAGGAACACGUAUUGACUUUCAAAAAAUUACUGGAUUUUGUGCAAUAUUUUUCCUUUUCUCUUUUUAAAGUAAUUUAGUUCCAACAAAUAUGCACAUCUGCUUUUCAAGCCGAUCCUUGAGAUCAUAUUUUUUGGAACUGUAUAAAAUUACAUGUAGCAUUUAAUAUGGUUGUAUGAUAAAAACAUAAACAGUACGUUGUCACCAGGCAAAUGUGCAUCUCCAGAUGUGACUGAAAAUGAUUGUGGUUGUCAUGUUAUUGUACUAUAGUCAUAAACAUGGUUUCAGCAAUGAUUAAUAUACAAGUACUUAAAAGUAAUAAUCCCUAUAUUCUACUCACAGUAUGUUAGAAGAACAUAGUGGGAGUAAUUUCUGUUUAUACAUUUAGAACUUCUGAUGCUUAGUUUAUCUCUUGAUUUUUUUAACAAGUUAAGCGUCUCUUAUUAAUACAAUCAAUUCUAGAUAAUAAUUUAUGGUGGUGACUGUAUGUAUAUCCAGAAUCUAGUUUGUGGCAGCCCUAAUUGUGAUAAAUCAUUGCUUAAAUCAAUUGUUGCAAGUACCUUUUAAUUUUUUGUAAAUUAAAUUAUGUAUUGAUGUACAUUUUGUUGUAACCUUCAAGCUUCUGUCAAGAACUGGUUUAAAUUAAUUUACUUGAAUGGAGCGAUAAAGCACUGUGGAAUAGUUAGUUUUGGAUGCAACACACAAACAAGCAUAUAUUGUGUUAAUUCACCAUUUUGUUUAGAAGAUAAGUAAAAAUGUUUCAUUUGGUCAAGGAAAUAACUGUUUUUUUUUAAUCUGUGUCUGAAAGAGAGAAGGAAAGAGCAUCAGCAUUGAACAGAGAGUAAUAACCUAUCCUGGCAUUAUUCCAGAAUUUUUUUUCAGAGCUUUUUUUAGCCAUCUUUGGGAAAAGUUUUUAUAAAGCUCUUAUGGGCCAGUAGGGACAUCUUUAAUUACCUACAGGAAAGACAUGAAGUACAGGAUGUUUUGAGAUGUAAUGCUUUUAUUGAUCCUUUCAGUAAUCACAGAGGUUUUUAAAUAAAUUAACACUGUGUUCUAACAUGUUUACAAAUAGGAUCAGUCACUGGCUUUUAUUAAAACUGCCACCAAAUUUAGGACUUUACUCUGUGCUGUUGCACACUUUAGCCUACAGUAUGAAGUCAUCUCCAGAAUUCCAGACCAGACCUUAGACUACUACCAGCAGCACACUGUGUAUGUACUAUAAAUUGUGUUUUUUCCAAGUUACAGUGUCAGUGCAAAUUUUUCUGUGAACUCCACAUUACCAUGAAGUGCCCCACAUUGUGUUAUAAAAUAAAAUUUACCAAAAUCAAA